GGAGAACAUGUGGUCGAAGCUCCUUGAAUUGGCGGAUGUUGCGACUAUGGUGUAUGAUGAAGAACAACGCCAGAAAAAAGGAAAAUCUAAGAUCGUCUCUGAAGAAGAACAAAGAAAGAAAAAAGGAAAAUCUAAGAUCGUAUAUGAAGAAGAAGAAGAAGAAGACGACGAGAGGUUCAGAUUCUUCGAUUAUGUCCCUAGAAAGAUUAGGUCUUCGCUAAGAUACUCCCAACAACAAGGAAACUAUGAGAAUCUUAACGGGGCUUCUACUUCUUCUUCUUCAUCAUCGCACCGCCACCUUCCUCGUUUUGAGACUCGUACUUGGCUCCAUUACAACACGCCUGAUAUUGAAAGCCCUCCAAACCCUAAUUCCCAAACAGAGAGCACAAGCAGCCGCAAGAGGCUUGCCUUGGUGCUGCAACAAAGGAGUAGUAGUGGUAAAUUCAAGAAAGCAAAGGUGGUUGCUUCUUUGCCACGGAUAGUUAGAGGGCCACCGGAGUGGCUUGGCGAGGUGAUGAGAGAGAUGGGCGUAACCGACGAAGACCCGAUGCUGAUCUUUGACUUUGUGAAACCACUAACCGCGAGUGAUGUCAACUCAGGCCUGAGCCGUUUCUUGCUCCCUUUCAGUAUGCUAACCAGAAACGACUUCUUGACACCUGCCGAGUCUGCAGCCAUACUGAGAGCAGACAUCGACGAAGGGAACAUUGGUGUGGGAACGCUUCUGGUGAAUAAAAACUCUGAGAUGUGGGGUUUGCGUUUUAAGUUAUGGGCGAUGGAGAAGAAGGAAUCUGGAAACGGGACUUUGAACUACGCAUUGAACUGGGGGUGGACCGACGUCGUCAAGGGUAACAGAUUGAAAGAAGGCCAUGAGAUCAGUCUUUGGAGUUUCAGGUGCCGUGGAGUCCUAUGCUUUGCCCUUGAACACAGAAUUCCCAGCUUGUCCAAAAGAUUGCUGCAUUGAU